GUUGCUACGGUAACGACUGUUUACUUCCCUGAUACGCAGCAACUAUCGUCUGUCAGCAGUUCGCCAACUAACGAUAAAAACGUGAAACCUGCAAGAAACUGUCGGAAUUUCAUAGAGUAGGACAUAAAGUUUCUCAAUGAGCAGAUUGUGCUCUAAAGAAAUCGAUCACCGUAACUCAAGAUGUGAUUUCAGGAUUGAAGAUCAAACACAGUCGACUAAUGAAGAGCUGAAAAUGAAAGACCUGAAGGAGCCUCCAGACUCAUCAGCAGCUGGUGGAACAACACAUGCUCCUCCACCAGCUGAACCUCUCCCCACGCAGAACACAUAUGAGGAGGAAGAGCAGACCGAGGAAGAGGAUGCUGAGGAUGAAGACCUUAAAGCUCCAGUGGAGCUGAAAAUGGAGUUCCUCAGAGCUGUAAAGGAGAAGGACUUUCAGCUGGCCAGUAAACUUUGUCAGACGAUCCUCGUCUAUGAACCAGACAAUCCUGUGGCCUCUGAGUUCCUCCUGCUGAUCCAGAAGAAACUGCUGGAAGAGGCAGAGCAGAGCAGUGAUGAGGAUGAAGCAGAUGACGACAGUGAUGAUGAGGACGACGAAGACGACGACUCUGACAGUGAUGAGGAGUCAUUCUGUAACUCUAGCUGCUCCUCUUCAUCUUGCUCCUCUUCUUCAUCAUCAGAUGAUGAAGAAGAAAAGCAGGUAAAUAGACACAAGCCGUGCCCUCCUUCUCACAUUUCCCCCUAAAACGACCGUACCAGUCCAACAGGGGCUCCCUCUGAGACCUCUCAUAAUAUAAUCUUAUACUUUUGAAAUAUUGUAUUUAUUUUAACCCACAGUGCUGCUGUGCUCAGUCACGGUGCAUUUUGUAGACGGUGUGACGAUUAUACAUUCUGUCAUAUUUUACUUGCAAAUAAAAUAUUAUUGUUGACUAA